CCUGGCAGCGGCGCAGCGUGAAAGCGGUGGGAAACAGAAACACUAUGGCUGCCACUCUGUCUCUUACUCAGCUCUCCAGUGGAAAUCCCAUCUAUGACAAAUACUAUCGACAGGUCGAUCCGACUGGCAGCGGGCGGGUGGCGGCGGCUGAUGCAGCUCUCUUCCUGAAGAGGUCGGGCUUAGCUGACCUGGUCCUGGGGAAGAUCUGGGAUUUGGCAGACGCCGAGCGAAAGGGUGCGCUCAACAAACAGCAAUUCUUCAUCGCGUUGCGGUUGGUGGCUUGCGCUCAGAAUGGCCUGGAGGUGGCGCUCAAGAGUCUUAAUGUGGCCGUUCCUCCCCCCAAAUUUCAUGACACCAGCAGCCCGCUGUUAGCAGGAGGAGCCAUCGACGUUCCCUGGGUGGUCAAGCCUGAGGAGAAGAUGAAGUUCGACUCCAUCUUUGACAGUCUGGGUCCAGUCGGAGGGAUGCUGUCAGGAGAUAAGGUCAAACCGGUCCUGCUCAACUCCAAGCUGCCGGUGGACAUCCUGGGCAGGGUCUGGGAGCUCAGUGACCUCGACAGAGACGGCAUGUUGGACAGAGAUGAGUUUUCUGUGGCCAUGUAUCUGGUGUACAGAGCUCUGGAGGGCGAGCCCGUUCCCAUGUCCCUACCGCCUCCCCUGGUUCCGCCCUCUAAGAGGAAAAAACCCGCCGUGCCUCCCGUGGUGCCUCCCGUGAUGCCCCUGUUACCCUCGCCCCCCUCCGUCAAAGACAGUCGCUCCUCCCACGCCGGCUCUAAGGCCAUACCCCACCCUCCUAAACCCGCUCCAGCUCCUGCCCCAACACCCGCCGCUGCCCCUUGGGUAGUUUCACCAGCAGACAAAACCAAAUAUGACGAGCUCUUCAGCAAGACGGAUGGCGACAUGGACGGUUUGGUGUCUGGACCUGAAGUCAGAGACAUUUUCCUCAAGACUGGGCUGCCGUCUGCUACGCUCGCACGUAUUUGGGAGCUGUGUGACAUUGGAGAUAUAGGGAAACUGACCCGGGAACAGUUUGCUCUGGCGCUUCAUCUAAUCAAUCAGAAGCUGACCAAAGGCCUGGACCCUCCGCAGAGCCUCUCCCCGGAGAUGAUCCCUCCCUCGGACAGGCUGAACAUCAAACAGAACAAUGCAGUAAACCUGGCAGCUGACUUCUCUGCAAUUAAGGAGCUGGACUCUCUCAGUAACGAGAUUGUUGAGCUACAAAGAGAGAAGAGCUCCGUGGAGGAGGAGAUCAAGGAGAAGGAGGAGGCCAUCCGAGAGCGCAGCGGCGAGGUGCAGGACCUUCAAGACGAGGUGGCCAAAGAGAGCGAGGAGCUGCAGCGACUCCAGUCUCAGCGUCAGAAGGUGCAGGAUGCUUUGGAGGAGCUGGACCAGCAGAAGGGCUCGCUGGAGGAGCAGCUCAGCCACAUUCGACAGCAGACCAGCCAAGAGACUCAGCUCAUCUCCUCGCUGCAGACGGAGCACGAGGACCAGGAGCAGAGGAUAUGCCAGUUCGAGGAGGAGCUGGUCCAGGCCCGAGAGGAGCUGCUGGCUCUGCAGGAGGAGAGCAGGAGGCUGCAGGAGAAGGUCCAGGCAGCCCAGGAGCAGCUCACUCCUCUUCAGGAGUCUGUGCGAGACUCCUUCACACAAGUUGCACAGGUCCAACAGAAGCUGAAUGACCUUCAGGUGGAGGAGAGGUCGGUGACGGCUCAGCUCAGCUGGAAGAGAGCCCUGGAGGACAACUCUCCGGUCAUGGUUAACGGAUCAGCGGGCCCCACCGCCGAGCUGCACCAGGGGGACCCCUUCCAGCAGGACCUCUUCCAGGAAGACCAGCCGAAAGAGCUGAAGGAGGAGGAAGCCGCCGCUGUCUGCAGUCUGCAGCAGAAAGAACAUUCGGAUCAGAAAGAGCAAGAAGGAGCGACUGAGAAAGAAGAGGAGGAAGAAGAGAAGGAGGACGAGAGUCCAAAAACCCCGGAGGAAGAGAAAGUGAAACCUGAUGCCCUGGAUGAUCUCUACACCAGUCUAGCCUCGUCUGAUUUGUACAACAGUCUGUCGACGCUUGGCAAGCCGUGGGAGAACGCUGUCAGGGAACAGAGCAGUCCUGCACCCAACGUCUCCGCUGAGGCCACAGAGGAUGCAGAAGACUCUCCUAAGGACAGUCCGCUGAAGGUUGCAUCACCGGAGCCGGAGAUCAAAGAGGAGCCGACAGAUUCGACGGAGACGCCUUCGUUACCGCCUCAGGUCGGCCCUCGCUCGAUGCCGCCUCAGACCAGCCCGCCCUCCCUGCCUGAGAUGGACUUCUUCCAUUCGGACCCCUUCACUGACCAUGAUCCGUUCAAAGACGAUCCUUUUGGGAAAACAGACGCUGCAGACCCGUUUGGAGGAGACCCGUUCAAAGGCUCGGACCCGUUCGCUGCAGACUCUUUCUUCGCUCAGCCCUCCAGCACCACCUUUUCCUCAGAGGACCCUUUCGCUGCCUCGGCCGACCCGUUCGGUACCACUGCCGGUGCGCCAGAACCCGACCUGUUCGCGGCCAAGCAGAACGACUCUGCGGCUGCGCCGGCAGCAGGUCCGGAUCCCUUCACCUCCAAACCCGCCAACCCGACCUCCAGCGAUCCGUUCAGCGCCACGGCGAACAACAUGGCCGACUCCGACCCGUUCGGAGGGAAGGCGAACGCCGCGGGGGAGGCGGAUCCGUUUGGUACUCAGGACGGAGGGACGGAUCCCUUCAGCUGCUCCCCGCCGAGCUCAGAGCUGGCAGUGAAGGACAUCGCAGCGACCAAUGACCCCUUCGCUCCAGGCGGUACGACAGUGAACGCCACCUCCGAUGCAGAUCCGUUUGCUGCUGUGUUUGGUAACGAGUCGUUUGGAGGCGGCUUCGCAGAUUUCAGUGCCUUGGCGAAGUCAAACGGUGCCGACCAGUUUGGCAUCAACAACAAGAAUCUGUUCCAGGAGGACAGUCAGACGUCCAGCUCUGACGUUCCUCCGGCCCUGCCGCCAAAAACCGGUACGCCAACUAGGCCCCCCCCUGUGUGUGCCUCAGCAGGUAAGAGAUCGUCCAUCUCUAGAACCGAGUCCUCCGACUCCUUCCAGCGCCGAGGCCACUUCCUGGCCCAGACCUCAGGAGACUGCUCCUCCUCCUCCUCCUCCUCCUCCCUGCCUGCAAAGGACCCUCUCGCCGACCCCUUCGCCCCCUCCUCCCCUCCUCGCCACAGCGUACGGGAAGCUGACCGGUUUGCCAGCUUUGACAAAUAUCCGACCGAGGAAGACAUGAUCGAGUGGGCAAAGCGCGAGAGCGAGCGAGAAGAAAAGGAGCGACUGGCAAGACUCACCCAGCAGGAGCAAGAAGACCUGGAGCUGGCCAUCGCUCUCAGCAAGUCUGAACUCUCCUGAGGCGCCUCCACGUCCCCUCCCCCUGCCCCUCCCCCUCCCCCUCCCCCUCCACUGGCCUGGCCCGGCUCGGCACGGCACGGCACAGCCCGGCCCGGCCCGGCCCAGAAAGCACCAAAGCAAAGUGGGGAUUGUACAGGACUGACUCGCCCCAUGGAGAGACUUCUCUGAACCUUCCAGCGCCCUUCUUCCUCCUCCUCCUCCUCCUCGCAGCGUCACGUUUUGUUUCCAUCCCGUUGUGGGUUUGGAUCGGACCGAGGAGGCGGAGAGUCUGCGCUGCUGAGGGAUGGAGAUUUUCAAGUGUUAACAUUUUUUCAUGUUGUUGUCACUUCAGAACCAGGAUGCCGCAUUAACCCUCGAGAAUGUAAUUUAUUUAAACACGCACUCAAAUCUAGAUUGAAGACGGUCCAGUUUCUACCCGCUAACCGAACUCACUACACUUUACUAAACUCUCCUCUGUCCAGCCUCUGAGUCUGUGAGCAUUUAGCACACGCUAGUUUUGUAGAACCCAGAAAACUUUUUGUUAAUUUCCUGGAGCGACCACAGAAAUCUGGGAAAAGCGUCGGGGUUUUUGUAGCUCCCGUAGCUGAAUUUAGUGUCUGUAUAUCUUAAAUUUUUUUUGAAAUGGAGCGACCACGUGUUGCUUCAGAUGAGAUUAAUUUGUGUUUUUUUAUUUUUCACAACGGGGCUUCAACUCGUGUCUAACUGGAAGGUCCUGAGAUGUGAAGCGCUCGUGUAGAUUUGUACUAAAACGGAACAACUGAGACAUUCAGCCUGGAGAUGCUUUAUUUUUCUUUAACCUCGCUUAGCUUAGCCUCUGUUCUGUCAGAGUUUAUUUUCGAGAACUACAUUAAAACUACACGUGGAGUUGCAUUAAAACAUUUAGGGCGCACUACAGAACAGAAAACAUUAAUCCCAACGUUUGAUAUCUGAGAUUCUCCCGAGUAGUCAUUAGCUUUAAAUCGGUGUAAAAUGUUCACUUUAAUAUCUGAAACACUUUGUGGUCUGAGAAGAAAGAAAAUGCAGAAAUGUAGCAGCAAAACUGGAGAGUUUGAACAUUAACAUUGAAAUAUUUGAAUUAAAUAUGGAUUUUUAUGUGCAGAACCCACUUAAACUACGGUUCUCUCUUUGGGGAACCUCCUCAAAGCAGCAUCUUGCUUAAAAAGCUCAUCAGCAGCAUUAACUCUGGGCGAACAUCCACAUUUUUAUGGGCUGAAUCGUGUUCAAAAUGAAAACUUUAUUACUGUGCAAUCGUCAUUUCACCACAUUUUGUCCCACGUCAACGUCGGUGCUGCUUUUUGUUUCGUAUUAACUUUCUACGGAUGUUCUUCCACUUCAGAUCUCUGAGUCUUACACAAUGUUUUAGCAGAAGUUGUGUAGCACUCCGGCAGAGUUGUGUGGAUUUAAGCUGCUGGCGUGGCGCUGCGUCCGAACAUCUGCUCAGCAGCUGGCCAGCCGGCGAUUCUUCUCGAUUGUGAAGUUACUCAACACUGAACUGUGAUAGAAGGUUUCCGAUGAGGGACGAGUGUAGGAGGCCUUUGUUGUUGUUUUUUUUGUUUUUGUUUUGCUAAUUUCCGACCAAAUGAUGCACAACAUGUUGGACAGCUCGCUCUGUCCAGUUUCGAGCCUCGUUCAGAACAAGUCGUUUCCUCGUUGAACCAGUCCCGCUGGACGUUUUCUUGUAAAUACAGGAGAGCAGGAGUUGCAUGUGCGCUCUCUCGGCCUCUUGUUUGUCGUUAUACUCUUAGUUUCCUUCAACACCUGUUCAUGUUACUGUCGUUUGUACAGACGCUGCAGAUUUUACAAAUCCAGAACCACUUAUGUUUCUAGGCUUACCCAUAAAGGCUUUUUAAAAACUCAAGCUAAUUGUAUUUUAUUUUGUAUUUUCUAACUUGUAAGAAGAAUCAUUAUCGCGAGGUUUGGCCAGAAUAUGUAAUGCAUUUAAUUGAAACAGAAUAAAUAUUAAAAUGUGUAGUUUUUCA